AGAAAGCAGAAAAAAACAUAAAAAAAAAAAAAAGAAGAAGAAGAAGAAGAAAUCUUUUUUCUCUUCUUAUAUUCUGAUUCAGUUAACUUAAAGCUUAAAUUUUGUAUAAAUUUGUUCUUCAUUUCCCAACCUUUCUUCUUCAGCCAUUUCAAUACUCUCUUCUUCUUCAUUCUCUUCACUUGUAUGCUUAUGGCGAAAUCUAUUCUUGUUACCGGCGGUGCUGGCUACAUUGGAAGCCACACUGUUCUUCAGCUCCUUCUCGGCGGUUACCGGACCGUCAUCGUUGAUAAUUUGGACAAUUCCUCUGAAAUUGCUGUUCGUCGAGUCAAGGAGCUCGCCGGCGAUCUUGGCAAAAAUCUUUCCUUUCAUAAGCUGGACCUCAGGGACAAACGGGCUUUGGAGAAGGUGUUUGCUUCAACACCAUUUGAGGCUGUUAUUCACUUUGCUGGUCUGAAAGCAGUUGGUGAAAGUGUACAGAAACCAUUACUUUACUAUGACAACAACUUGGUUGGAACAAUUACUUUAUUGGAAGUCAUGGCGGCCCAUGGGUGUAAAAAGCUUGUGUUCUCAUCUUCAGCCACCGUAUAUGGUUGGCCGAAGGAGGUACCAUGUACAGAAGAGUUUCCCCUUUCUGCAGCAAACCCAUAUGGACGAACCAAGCUUUUCAUAGAAGAAAUCUGCCGUGACAUAUACAGUUCAGACUCUGAAUGGAAAAUCAUAUUGCUAAGAUAUUUCAAUCCAGUGGGUGCCCACCCGAGUGGCUAUAUUGGUGAGGAUCCCCGUGGAAUCCCAAACAACCUCAUGCCCUUUGUACAGCAAGUUGCUGUCGGCAGGCGUCCUGCCUUGACAGUCUUUGGAACUGACUAUUCAACAAAAGAUGGAACCGGAGUACGUGAUUAUAUUCACGUUGUUGAUUUAGCUGAUGGACACAUUGCUGCGUUGCGCAAGCUAGAUGCCGCUGGUAUAGGUUGUGAAGUUUACAAUUUGGGAACUGGAAAGGGUACUUCAGUCUUGGAGAUGGUUGCAGCUUUUGAAAAGGCAUCUGGAAAGAAAAUUCCUCUUGUGAUGUCUGCACGCCGACCUGGUGAUGCUGAAAUUGUCUACGCAUCAACACACAAAGCAGAAAAGGAGUUGAACUGGAAGUAUGUCUCCCUAUUCUUUAAUGGUUUCCUUUAUAGAUUACACAUGUUUAUGCUCUUCCUGCUAUUUCCUAUAUGUCGUUUCAAGUGCGGUUUAGCUUGCUUUCACAGAAAUAACAUUUUAUUUAUAGAAUGCUGUGUCAAUUUAUUUGUAGAAUGAUGUAUCGGACAUGCUUACUACACGUUUCUCAUAACCGAUUUCUGUUUCCAUAUUAUGUUAAAAUUUAUUGGGGAUUUCUUGAGCCAAACAACAAAUAUAGCGACCAGUGUUAUCGAAACUUGAAAGGAUCAUCUUACAAUUUCAUUUGUGAAUGCAGAGCAAAAUAUGGAAUUGACGAGAUGUGCAGGGAUCAGUGGAACUGGGCCAGCAAGAAUCCUUACGGCUAUGAACCUCCGAAAUCUAACUAAUGGCUUAUACUUAUAUCAACCCUUGGGGCCAUAUCUUAACCCUAUACGCUUUUGCAUUAAUCUUACAUUCUCCUCAUAGAUGUAUUUUCUAUUAUGUUGUAUAAACUUCUUGGUUAUGAUCCCAGUUGAUCAUCACGAGAUAUCCUUGUUUCGAGCCUAUUUAAUAAAAAAAGCUUGUGUGCUC